AUGACAGCUUUACAAAAUCAUUUGCAUCAGGUUAUUGAUGUAGGUGGUAAGGACUUCAGAUUUACAUGGUCCCGUGAACCAGGCGACCUUUGUGAUAUUUAUGAAGAACGCCAAAGUGGUGAAGAUGGAAAUGGGUUACUCGUUGAAUCUGGCUGUGCAUGGCGCAAGCUUAAUGUGCAACGAAUUUUGGAUGAAUCUACAAUGAACCAUGUGAAAAUGCGGUCUGAGGAGGCUGAACGGAGGCUCAGAUCUCGCAAAGCCAUUGUCUUAGACCAUGGGAACCCAUCUGUAAAGAAUCAGAUGAAGACAUUAGCUGCAGCAGCAGUUGACAUGAACCCAAGGAGGAUGCUACCUUUCAAGCCAAAAAAGGAGCCUCCAUUUAAAAAGCGGAAAGUUGAAUCAACUCAAGUUGGUCCUCUUAAGUCUUCUUUUAAACAGGGAUUGCCUUCAACAACUGUUCCUAAGAGCAGACUGUCAGUUUCACCCCUACCAUCUCCACCUGAGCAAUCUGGUCCUUCAGCAUCUCCAUUUGGAACUGGAAAUCUGACACAUGGUCAUACAAGUGGAGAGGAUGCUAUUGCCCCCCAAGUGGUAGCGAAAGAGAAUAUUGCCAGCUCUGAGAAAGAAAUGCCCAUCAGGGCUGCUCAUGGAGUUGCACAGGACGCAUCAGCACAUAAAGUGGGUUUAGGAGCUACACCAAUGGAUUUGCAGAGUCAUUUGAUCAUGCUACUUGUGGAGAAUCCCAAGGGAAUGAGUUUAAAGGCCUUGGAGAAAGCAAUUGGAGACGCAAUACCCAACAGUACGAAAAAGAUUGAGCCGAUUAUAAAAAAAAUUGCAACUUUUCAAGCUCCAGGAAGGUAUAUCUUGAAACCAGAAGUGGAAUUGGAUAGCCUCAAGAAACCUAUAUCUGAAAGUGGAAGUUCACCUGAGUGCAUCCGUGGUCAAACCCCUGUCCCAGAGAAAGCUACAACUGAAGGAUUUGAGAAGCCAGGCCAGUUGAGCCCUAAACUAGUAGAAGAAUCAAUUGAGAUGGAGAAAACCGAUGUUCAACAAAGUUCUCCGGAUAUUGUUGGUGAUAAAAAACUUUCUGACAAUAGUGAAGGGCAGGUAGGUAGCUCUAGUGACAGUGGAAGCGACAGUGACAGUGAAAGUGAAAGCAGUGACAGUGGAAGUGACAGCGGAAGCCAGAGUAGAAGUGUAAGUAAAAGCAGAAGCCCCGCUGGAAGUGGAAGUGGGAGCAGCAGUGAUAGUGAAAGUGAUGGUUCUUCUAGCAGCAAGGAGGGAUCUGAUGUGGAUGUUGAUAUUAUGACAAGUGAAGAUGACAAAGAAGCUGAACAUAAGUUGCAACCACCAGAGUUGAAGAUCUCUGAUUCUCCCAGUCAUUGGAAAACUGAUACUGUACCUGAGCAAAAUGAGAUUGACGAAGAUAAACAGCAUGCACCAGAUGCAGCUGGGACUGCUAAGGACUUGGGAAUUGAUGGUCAUGAAAAUGAAAUGGCUGAUAUUACUGACUUGGAACCUAAGAAGGGGGAAUUAAGAUCUUCAGAAACUAUUCCCUUUUCUUCAGAUCGUGAUAAGACACAGAAGGGCCAACAGAUGUCCCAUCUUGGAAAAAUUGCUAAUGAAAUGCAAAAUAUAGUGAAGGAUGUGAUAGGGCAUGAACAGUCUGACAGUUUUGAGAGAGUAUCCAAAUCCAAGUCAAAAAGGGACUUUGAGGUGAAACCUGAAAGUGCAAAAAGGUCUAAAGUGGGAAUGCCAUCUCAACCAUCAGCUGGGAGGAGAAGGGAUGCUCUGUUCUCCGACAUUCCCCAUCAUUUAUCUCCUGAUAGGUUGAACCAGGAUUCUCACGAGGACCAUGCCAUACAGAUGAAUGACAGAGUUGGUAAGGAUGGGAAUGCAGAUACUGGUUCACAAAAAGGGCACGGCGUGGCAAUACCUGGGAGAUCUAUUUCUGAUGCCCACCAGCCAGGUCAAAGAUCUCUCGAAAUCAGUGCUCGGGGAAAGGCUCCAGACAGGACGGAUAGAUCCAACAAAUAUGUAGAGAACUUGGGGCGUGGUCUUAAACUAUCUGAAAAGAAUUCUUUUGUCCCCGAUGAAUCGAAUGGGUCUGCUUUCAGGAGCAUGCAUGCACAUGAAAAGGGUUCCAUGCCUAGAGACAAAGUGCAUAGAGAAAAACAUGAUGAAGAUAGUUGUGCUUAUGAGAAAUUAAUGAACAAAAAUGUCCGGGAAAGUGUUAAUGGUGACAGAUCUUCAUUGCUGUCCAACAUGCAGUACAGGAACCAUGUUGAACAAGUGGGGAAGUCCAAGGAUGCAGGCCAUAUGUUGCACCCAGACAUGGGGCCUCUCCCUACACAUAACAAUAGGAGUGAUGUAGAAAAAUCCCCAGUUGUCAAUGGAAGAGGGGCUUUACUGAGAAGGGAGCUUUCAGAUUUGGAGUUGGGUGAACUUCGUGAGCCCAUGCCUGGGGAGGAAUCACAGGUGGUCAAGAAGCAGUUUGAAAGAAAAACUUCUUUCAAACUGUCCGAAAAUAAACUAAGUGCUUCAGAUAGUUGGAAUUCAGAUUUCAGUAAAGGACGAACAGUGGCAAAGGCAAGUCAGGACUCGAGAAAGCAGCCAUCCCCACUUAACUCAAGAAUUGGGUUUUCUAGUAGCCAAGAAGCCCCAUUUAAGAAAAGGGCCUCAGAAGAUGAUGCUGAAGAUUCUAUGAGGCCUCAGCAGAAGGCUGCACUCUCUCAGCCUCAGCAGUUACCGGGAGUAGAUCGUGCGGACAAUGAAGUUGGACCCCAGUCAAAUAACUUUGUGGAUAUGGGUGGAAAAUCUAGGAAGAAUGAGGCUUACACGAGCAAGGACGUUGGUCCGGAAGGCUAUGGAAGCAAUCAUAAGAAGGCACCUACAAGUGCAGCACAACAGCAUGAGCCUAAACACACAGGACAAGCAGUGCCUACCAACAUGAUCAAAGAAAGUAAAUCCCAUAAGUCUAACUCAGUGGCAGAUGUAACUGAUAGAAGGAAUGGUUCCUUUUGGAUGGAAAGCAAUAGCAGCAAUCGUAAGAGGAGGGAAUCUUCUUCAGAUGAAGAUAGUUGUUCUUAUUCUAAGUAUGACAAAGACGAACCGGAGUUCAAAGGACCAAUAAAAGAUUUCUCACAAUAUAAGGAAUACGUCCAAGAGUACCGUGAGAAAUUUGGGAGUUACUGCUCUUUAAACAAGAUCCUAGAGACUUACAGGAAUGACUUCCAUAAACUGGGACAUGAACUUGAAGUUGCAAAAGGUCGGGAUAUGGAGGGAUAUUAUAACAUCAUAGAGCAGUUGAAGGAAACGUAUCGCCAAUGUGGAACGAGGCAUAAACGGCUAAAGAAGAUAUUUAUUGUGCUUCAUGAAGAACUAAGGCAAAUCAAGCAGAGAAUAAAAGAUUUUGCACUGGCAUAAUAUAAAAGAGUGAGGAGUCGGCUCUUUUCUCAUCUAAAGUUGUAUCUGGUGUUUUGAGUAUGGGAAUCUUGCUCUGGUGGGGCCAUCAUGUUCAAGUUUGUAUCUCCAGUGUAUAUAGUACUCAUGGGCCUAGGCAACGUAUGAAGAAGCUGCUGAACUCUAUUGUGGAGCAGCUGAUGGUAUGUCAUAAUGAUCAUGAAUGAAAGCCUGAGUCUUGAACUCUAGAUUGGAUGAUUGAUGUGUCCUUCAAGGGACUAAGCCGUUCGGGCACGAUGGAAGACAAGGGUAGAACGAAUAGAGCGCCAACAAUGAUUCCGAGCUAUUGUAUGGAGAUUACUCCAAUCCCCAGAAACACAGGAAAACAAAAGAAAUAUGAGGGUGGUUUAUUUAGAAGAGAUAUACCAGUAUGUCCAUGGACCCUAUUUUUAUGGUGGCAGUCACUGCAAGUCAUUACUGCAACCUGUUGAUUUGUUACUUCCAAGAAAUAAUGGAAGCAGGAGUUUUUAUUGAUGUUG